AAACUUGAGUGAAAUAUUGAAAACGUCCCACGUUAUGUGGAUAAGUUAUGACCGACGGAACUUUUGCAAGAGUCAGCUCUUUCAAGUGGCCUUGUUAUUAUACUUUGUAGCAACUAGUGCUUUUUAUAUACCCGGAAUAUAUCCAAACGAUUAUCCUCAAGGAGCAGAAUUGGAUAUUCGUGCAAACAAGUUGACCUCUUCAAGGAGCAAUGUCCCUUAUGACUUUUACUUUCUUCCUUUUUGUUCACCUCCAGAAGAGAAGGAGAAGACUCUAAAUGUGGGUCAGAUACUUUUGGGUGAGCACUCCAAGUCGACCCCGUUCAAAGCCUUUAUGCUUGUUCCAGAGUCUUGUAAAGUUGCUUGUACGAGAACCUUAGACUCGAAGGAUGUAGCUAAAUUGAAGAACCUGAUACGGAGAGACUAUCGUGCCCGCCUCAAUCUGGAUAAUAUGCCUUUGGUUGUAAAGAAACAAACACAAAUAGAAGGUGGUGACGAGUAUUAUCAACUUGGAUAUCCUGUGGGUUAUUCACUCAACGAUCAAUUUUAUGUGUACAACCAUCUUCAUUUUAAAGUGUUAUACCAUCGACCUGACGCUGCAGGCCCAGAAAACUUGUAUCGUAUAGUAGGAUUUGAAGUGCAGCCUUCCUCUUUGGCUCGUUCCGGAGAUCCUGAAGAUCCUUCUUUCUGUAGUGCUGAAGGUCUUGAAGAAGUUUCUGUAGGAAAGACAGUAUAUUUCACUUACAACGUGGAGUUUGAAGAGAGUCCCGUUCGAUGGGCGACGAGAUGGGACCCUCUUUUAAAGGCUGCGGAAGAACAGGAAGAAAUUCAGUGGUUCUCUAUAAUCAACUCACUUUUGACUACAUUAUUUCUGACAGCAUUAGUUGGCAUGAUAAUGCUUAGGACAGUUCGAAAAGAUCUAUUGCGUUACAGUCAACCUGAAGAUGAAGAAGAGAUUCAGGAAGAGACUGGUUGGAAGCUCAUUCAUGGUGAUGUAUUUCGGAGUCCUCCUUAUCUUAGUUUAUUUUGUGUUGCUAUAGGCACCGGUGCACAUGUUUUAUCCAUUGCCUGUAUUACUCUACUUUUUGCUCUCAUUGGAUUUCUUUCCCCCGCCAAUCGAGGGGGUUUAUUAAGUGCGAUGGUAUCUCUUUGGAUUCUUACUAGCGUUAUUGCUGGCUAUGUUUCUUCAAGUCUUUACAAGUCCUUUGGUGGUUUGUUUUGGAAACGAGUUGCUUUAGGUACAGCCAUAUUGUUCCCUGGUCUGAUCUUUUUAAUAUUCUUCUGUUUGAAUUUUCUUAUGUGGUUAUCGCAAUCCAACGAUACUGUUCCAUUUUCGACGCUCGUUCUCAUCUUAUUUUUAUGGUUUGGCAUAUCGCUUCCACUGGUAUUUCUAGGAAGUUACUUUGGAAGAAGAAGGCCAUCAUACGAAUUUCCAGUACGAGUCAAUCAGAUUCCUAGAAAGAUACCUCGACAGCCUUGGUACAACAACACUCUUUUGUCAGUUCUUAUCGGAGGAGUUUUGCCAUUUGGGUCUGUCUUCAUUCAACUCGUCUUUAUACUUGGCAGCUUAUGGCAAAACGAAGUUUAUUACAUGUUCGGGUUUCUUUCUAUUGUUUUCAUUUUAUUGAUUGUAACUUCUGCUGAGAUUAGUAUCGUGUUGUGUUAUUUGCGUUUAUGUGGUGAAGAUUAUCGUUGGUGGUUUUAUUCAUUUUUCAGCGCAGGUUCUUCAGGACUAUACGUCUUUCUUUACAGUUUGUUUUAUCUUAUGACGCAACCAGACUUUAAUGGUAUUGAUUUUGUGUCUCUUAUAGUGUACUUGAGCUAUAUGUCAAUCAUCUCUAUGUCUUUUACUUUUCUCACUGGUUUUGUUGGAUUUCUGUCUUGUUUCUGGUUUACUCGCAAAAUAUAUUCUGCAGUUCGCGUUGAUUAAAGAUUUCAGUUGCUCUACUUAUGACUAUCUUGUUAUGGUUAUAAGCAGAAAGGAAUCCACAAAACUCAAUUCUUU